AUGUCAACAACCGAGAACACAACAACAGUUAUAGUCCAUGAAGCUAUAAAUGAAGAAUAUGAGUGGGUUCAGUUUAACAAACAACUCCGUCUCAUUCGUUCGGUCAAAGACGAUAUGUACCAAAUGCAAAGUAUUUUGACUGCUCUUAGUUCUACAAAGCAAGCAUAUCAUUGGUUUGAAAACCAACAGGCAAAAGAACUUUUAGAAGAAUUUCCUCAUAUGAUUGCUUCCCUCGGAAAACCGAGGGAAGAGAUUCCAUUCGAAAAUCGUGAAAAAUUGCCAAACGGUUUGAGAGGAUAUUAUGUACAUAGACUUCUUGUAAAUGCUGUUGCAAUGUGGGCUUCGCCUCGUUAUGCUUGGUAUAUUUACAGACUUCUUGACGAAAUUCAUAGACAAGAACGUGAAGAGAUGGAAAAGAAACUUCAUGCAAAAGAUGAAGUCAUUGAAGCAAAAGACAAAAGCAUUCAGAAAAGAAUACCACGUUCGGUACCAAAAGGAAAGGAAAAGAACUAUAAGUAUAUGAUUUAUACUGAAGAGAUGGAAAAUGAAGAAGAUAAAGAUAUGGUUAUGUUGCAUUUAGUCAGAAGAAACAACAAAAGCUUUUACGACCUUGCUAAGAUUUACAAAUCUGACAGAAAUUGGUUCUAUCGCGAAAACUUACCGAUUUCAAUGACACCGAAUGAAGAUGUGAAACAAAUAGUUCAAGAUACGUUACCUCAAACACACUAUGAUAUGAAAGGUUGUACAAUACUUACAUUCAAAGAAGAUUUGCCAUUGUUAAAGGAAAAAAUAACAGAGUAUUUUGACAACUUCAAACAAGCAGAGUAA